GAGGCAUUCUCCCUGGUUCUUUUCUGAAGAAUAACGCAAAAACGAGAGAUAAGAGAGAGAGAGAGUAAAAAUGGUUUCGUUUAGAGGAAUAGCUACGGUGAUCGCCAUCUACGCGACGUUGAUCUCCAUCUCCCUCACCGGAGAAUCCGAGUCCCACGAACUGCGCCCGUCGUAUCACGGGCUGGACUACCAGAGCUCGGCGGAGGGAAAGAAAUCGGCGCAGGAGAUGAGGUCGUUCUUCGGCGGAUCUUCACCCACUUCCACCUCUUCCAACGUGGCGAUGCCGAAUGCCAUGGAUUCCAACUCGACCGACAACGGCACGUCCUGGUGGACUGGCCGCGGUAGUCAUGGAGCUGCUCACGUGAGGCGAGUGUUGCUAGUGGCGAGCGUAGCCUGUGGGGUAACAGGUGUCGCCUUGUUUGUGGCCACCGUUCUACUUUAUAUCUUUAAGUUCCGACGCCAAAGAUCACCGCCGGUCCCACAACCGUCGUCCGCAGCAUUAUCAUGUAAUGAUGCAGCAUUAUCAUGUAAUGAUGAUGAAAACAAGCUGCAAAUAGUGGUUCGUGCAUGACUUUUAGUUUAAUAAAUGUUUUUUUAACAAAAAAGACUAUUGCUCUCUUUCUUUUUCUUUUUCUAUUUCGUUUGCAUUGCAUCUUAGGUUUUCUAUCAUUGUAUUGUCUGUCCUUUGUAUGUUCCUCGUUGUCUACCAUACAAUAAAUAUAUUUUUAUUA